GAUUUACUAAAAUGAGUGUUUGUUUUUUACGAAAAGACAACAAAAAUAAAACAUUAUUGUUUAAGAGACAACAAAGUUCAAGCAAACUGUUGUUAGUGUUUGCAUUAGCAAUGCUUGUCAUGCAGCAUUUCAUGCUUGUCAGUGGCAAUACGCCCAAAGGAUUAAGAACGCACUUGCGUUCUGCCAAGUUAAGCAGCGUACACAGUUUGCCAGAAAUAAAUGCUGAUCGUACGGCCGGCAAAUACGAAAUUCGUAGCAUCUCUGGUGAACCAAAUUAUAAAUCUGUCAAUCUUACUUGGGAAGUGGAGUUCGUUACCACUCCUUCAAAUCAAGCCGCCGAUGCCGUUAAUGAAGUUGAGCUACCGAAGGUAUUUCAAAUUUAUUUCUGUGAAUUGCAAACAUUUGGACCGCAUCGAUGUCGCUCAAAAUCGAUAGAUGAAACAAAGCAGACGAACGCUUUCCUAGCGGAUGAUAAAAUUAGACAAACGCGUCAAUAUGAGGCUUACAUUGACAACUUGCGUAUGGCUACUAAGUAUCGAUUUCAUAUACGUCCACAAAGUCGGCGACGGGAUAUUAAGGUUACAGGGCGUUCAGAAAUAUUUAGUAAUGAAGUUGAAGAUUUUAACGAAAACGCCAAUGGCCAGACAAUAAUUAUACCAACCAAAGGCUUUUCAGCCCAGGCUACCAAAUGUUUGCCGCAUGCCUCGGAAAUUGUAGUUGAAACUGGUCCUUAUUUUGCUGGUAAGAUUGUCGUAGAUGGAGGCAAGUGUGGCAUUAAAGGUAAUCCGGAAGAUCCAAGGGACACAUACACUAUGCGGAUUGAGCAUCAAGCAUGCGGUAGUUUAGUUAAACCGGAGACGAAUACCGUGGAAACAUUUAUAACCGUUCAAGAGAAUCUGGGAAUAUUUACGCAUAGCACCAGAAGAUUUGUCGUUGUUUGUAGUUAUCAGUCAGGCAUGCAAACGGUAAGAGCCAGCUUUUCCGUACCCGGGAAAGGCGGUGUUGCAGCUGUUGAACAUUCCAAUGACGAUGAAGAUCGUAAAGGCCGCCUUUUAGAACCGCCCAAGUUUGUAGAUAAAAGUGAAUUAGUUCUUAAGGAAAAUAAUGAUGAAGAUUUAAGUAGCUUGACUACUGAAAAAACUGAAGCAAAUGAAACGGAAGCUUUGGUUAAAGAAAUAGAAAAUCAUUUAUUGCAUGCAAAUGAAACGGAAACGAUAAUUAGUAUGCAAAACUCUAGCGAACAUGAUGUCUUAAGUGCGGUAGCUUGGCUGGAAAAUAUCGUACCCAAUGUCAAUGAAGAUCACAUUAAAUCCAAAGAGAUGAAAAGAGAAAAUGAAAAUAAAGAAAAUAUAGCGGAAUAUGCCAAAUUAGUCUUGAAUCGUAACGGGCAAGAUGAGGAAAUGAUUGCCGGCCUACUGCAUGAAGCACAAACAGGAAAAGCUUUCAUUGAUUCGUUAGUGAAAUUCGAUACACUUAACGUGAGCUCCGUUGCUUUAACUAUUCUAUUAUCUGUGAUAUUGUUGUUGGUAUUCUUGUUGAUAUUCUAUCGUGAAUUCAAGAGGCGCAAUAUGCCAAAUCAAAGACAACAGCUAUCAUCUACAUUAUCAUUAUCAUCAUCAUCAUCAUCAUCAUUACCAUCGUCAUCGUCAGUGUCGACCAAUCUGCCUCGACUUAAUCAUCGACAUUUGCAACAAUUAACUUUACCCAGAUCAUUACAAACCAAAAAUCAAGAAUUAUUAGCUUGA